UCUGCUGUUCAGUGCAGUGCAGUCUCCUUCAGCUCGCCCUCCAACCGGUGACGCCUGCCUCGGCCGAACUUCUCCAGUAAAGUGACUUUUAGUGUACUGCUAGCCUCAUCCUCUACUGAUAUCAUGGCUGUGCCUCCCUGCUAUGCUGACCUGGGCAAAUCUGCCAAGGACAUCUUCAACAAAGGCUAUGGAUUUGGCUUGGUGAAGCUCGACGUCAAGACAAAGUCAGCCAGUGGAGUGGAGUUCAAGACUGCCGGUUCCUCCAACACCGACACCAGCAAAGUUGUGGGCAGCCUGGAAACUAAAUACAAAAGGUCAGAAUAUGGCCUGACCUUCACUGAGAAGUGGAACACUGACAACACCUUGGGAACAGAAAUCACCGUUGAGGAUCAGAUUGCUAAGGGCCUGAAGUUGACAUUUGACACAACCUUCUCACCAAACACUGGCAAGAAGAGCGGCAAAGUUAAGACCGCCUACAAGCGUGAGUUCGUCAACCUGGGCUGUGAUGUCGACUUUGACUUCGCCGGCCCCACCAUCCACGGCGCUGCUGUCGUCGGCUACGAGGGCUGGCUCGCCGGUUACCAGAUGACCUUUGACACUGCCAAAUCUAAGAUGUCCCAGAACAACUUUGCCAUUGGCUACAAGACAGGAGACUUCCAGCUGCACACCAAUGUCAAUGAUGGAGCUGAGUUUGGAGGAUCCAUCUACCAGAAGGUGAGCGACAAGCUGGAGACAGCAGUCAACCUGGCCUGGACCGCUGGCAGCAACAGCACACGCUUCGGCAUUGCAGCCAAAUACCAGCUGGACAAGGACGCCGCCGUCAGUGUAAGUAGAGCAGCAGAGACUUUUUUGCACGUAUACUUCCUAAUGUUGCUUCCUCUCGUCUGUGCAGGUGUGAAACUCACCCUGUCUGGCCUGGUCGAUGGCAAGAACAUCAACGCAGGAGGCCACAAGCUGGGUCUGGGCUUGGAACUGGAAGCUUAAGCUUUCCUCACACUGCAAGGGACUAGGGAAUAUCAGAAGAAUCUGGCCUUAAAAGUAUGUCCAACUCAAACCAGCAGGGGGAUAUCUUGGAGAGUAUCGUUCAAAGGCUACAACAACAAACUCGUUGGAGUACUACUUCAUCUUGGUACUUCAGUCAUCAGUAUAUUUUACCUUUUGUUGCUUUUUACUUUGUAGUAACAUCUGUUCAAGAGACAGCUGGUGGCAUAUAAUUUAUAAAUCAUGUCAUUGUUCCUGUCCAGCACUGCCAUAAUAAUAAUAUCCAAUACAAUCCCUUUGCCUGUCCUCAACUCUGUGUGGCUUUAUUGGAAACAAAAUCCCAGACACUCCGGUCUUAACGAGAACAGUUUUGUGUGGUGAGUGUCGUCAUCCCUUCUGAUUGUACAAUCAUGACCAUCUGAUAUUCCUUUGUCAUCUACAGUUUUAAUUUGCAAACCUUGUUAAGUACACUAGACUUUCUCUGCAAUUGUUUUAAAUAGUGCUGCACCCUUCCUUUCAUGCACACAAGGACAAACUAAGGCUCUGUAAACUUCUGUUUUGUGCCGGCCAUUGGGGUUCGUGAGAUGCUUUGAAGCUUCCUUAAACUGGGCAGUUUUUGGGUCGCUUAAAGAUGGGUUUGAGAGAAAAACCUGUAUGCUUGGCCGACCAAGCAGAAUUAGUCAUGUCAUUUUUUUUCUGUAAUCACAGAAAAUGGGAGCUACAUUAUAAAUGUUCACAGUAAUGCCAAACUGUCAUGGUGUGGAAGAGGUGUAACUUUAAGUGUGCACGUGUGGAAAGUCCCUGCACUGGGCUGAGACAGAGCCCAGAGGAAGUCAUGAGGGUCCUUAUGUGUAUGUAUAAAUUUUCAAUAAAGUCUUUGAACUUCA